CUCCUGGCCUCCUCCACCGACUGACGCUGCAGUUGUCUGCCAGCUCCAGGCCACACCCUCCACCCUUACCAAAGCAAAGAAAGUCAGACAGGAGUGGAAAAGUCUUCCGCUGUUCUGGAAAGAAACAUGGGCAACCAGUUUACAGACAUUGGUCCCAACGCCACAUUCCUCCCCAACCUCCGGUCCUCACACAUUGUUGUGAUAGGUUUGGACAAUGCUGGGAAAACCUCACUCCUCUACAGACUCAAGCUGCGGGAAUUUGUUGAGACAAUCCCCACGAAAGGAUUCAACAUGGAACACAUUAAAGUGUCCGUGGAGCACUCCAAUACCUUUCAUUUCCAGGUAUGGGAUGUUGGCGGUCAGGAGAAAUUGAGGCCUCUCUGGAAGUCGUACACUCGGAGGACCGACGGCCUGGUGUUUGUGGUGGAUGCAGCCGAGGCCGAGCGAAUGGAGGAAGCUAAGGUGGAGCUUCACAGGAUCAGUCGGUCUGCUGAGAAUCAAGGGAUGCCUGUGUUGGUUCUGGCCAACAAGCAGGAUCUGGACUCAGCCAUGUCAGCUUCAGAGGUGGAGAAAGUUCUCUCUCUUCAGGAAAUGAGCUCUUCCACGCUAUACCACACACAAGGCUGCUCAGCGCUGGAUGGUCAGGGACUUCAAUUGGGCCUAGAGAAACUCUAUGAAAUGAUUCUGAAGCGGAAGAAGAUACUUCGACAGAGCAAAAAGAAGAAAUGAGCAAGAGAAUGAUAGUGUAAGACCCUGUUGGGAAUGUGAUUGUAUGUCAAGUUCAACAGUGGAAUAAAUUGCAAGUCAGUCACUCAUUUGGAAGGAUACAUGUCGUUAUCUUAAGACUUGGAACGAAUCAAAUGAGAUUUGUGCUAACGGCAUUCAUGCAGAGUUUAGCUCUUGAGCAUUCCUCAGGUUCCUUGUUUACCACUUCAAGAAACUCACGACUCUACUAAGGCAGGACAGAUGUGAACCUGUGCAAUGAAUGAUAAACACUCACUGAUGCACUAAUGCCAGUGUCCAACGACUCCUUAUCCAGAGUAUUCAGUGGUUUUAAAGUAUCUAUUUCACUGUAUUAUUUAUGUUGCAUGUUGUCACCUAGUAGGUAGACGUGAAUGUAGUUAGAAAAAAAAAUAAACAACUUCACACCUAUUGAUUUUUUUUUUUUUUAUAGGCUUCAGUAUUUUGAACGAUAGAUAUGAUCUGUUAUGAAAUGUGUGUGUGGGUGGGUGUGUAUGCAUGAAUGAGCCGGCUGGCAAACACUAGGGGCGUAUUCCACAAAAGUGGAUAAAGUAAACACUCAAAAGCAAUUUAGUAUGUUAUAUUUUUUAAACAAUGUUUAUUCUUUAACAAUGCAGAUCAACAUACAUACAUACUGUACAUACAUAGACUCACAUACAUAGACCAGACCCGGCGGCAUGGGCGGGCAUUAGGGGGCCAGGCCCGC